CUAAUUCAUUAAUUCGUCCAUAUCUAUUCUCCUUCUCUCUUGCGUCACAUCUAAUUAUCUAAUUUCAGCCUUUUUCCGGCAACCGCCAUUUCCAUAUUCAAAGCCCCAUGAAGCCGGAAUAGUUCUUUCCUAGUGCGAAAACCUUCCCCCCUUCGUACAGCAAGAUAAAUUCCCGCUGCGUUGAUUUUGCUACGAAAUUGUUCUGAUUCAUGAGUUGAGUGGACGGGUUUUGAGUGUGAUUGGGGAUUAGGGCUUUCCGGAAUCUGUAUUUCAUUAUUUUAGAUAAAUACUUGCGAAACUGCUUUCUCAGGCUCCCUGCUUGUCUCAAACUCCAAUACAAUGAUAGAAGCUGAUAGUGAAAUUAUUAAGCCUGAGAUUCUGAAGGCUUAUGUAUGGCUUCAAACUUCUGAUGAUUCAAUACAGCAAGUUGAGCAAGAAAUUGCCAUGUUUUGUCCAUUCAUAUGUCGUGAAAUACAUUCAGGCAUGGGAUCUUCCAAGAAUUAUCCAAUCUCCCUUCCUCCACGUGUGAAUCCUCCUAUGUUAAGCCUAAUUCUUGACUAUUGCCGGUUCCAUCAAGUACCGGGGCGCUCUAACAAGGAGAGGAAGUCCUUUGAUGAAAAGUUCGUACGUUUGGGUACCAAAAGACUUUGUGAAUUGACAUCUGCUGCUGAUAGCCUGCAACUUAUGCCCCUUGUUGAUCUUACUAGUCGUGCACUUGCACGGGUGAUUGAAGGAAAGUCUCCGGAAGAAAUACGAGAGAUAUUUCAUCUGCCUGAUGAUCUCACAGAGGAAGAGAAGUUGGAGCCCAUUAAAAAUACCAUGGAUGAUCCGAGGAUUCGGCUUUUGAAUCGAUUGUAUGCUAGAAAGAGGAAAGAAAUAAAAGAAAGGGAAAGACUAAAGAAUAUUGAAGUUGAAGAGGAUCAAGUGGAUGACCGUUCGAUCGAUGAUCUCAUGUCAUUUAUCAAUGGAGCCAAUGAAGAUUCCAAGGUGAGCACAUCUUCGAAACACAAAAAGAAGAAUCGGAAAAGAAAAGAUAAUCACAAAACUGCUCCUUCAAACUGUACUGGUACUUCUGUAAGAAACGGUGUCCACAAUAAUAAGGAAACAGAUGGUGUUGAUUCAUACUGUAGCAAUCCAGCAUUACAUGGCAGUCUUCUGCACAAUCUUUGUAAUGCCACAGAGUUGCUUGAUAUUGGUGAUGACAGAAUUGCACCUGUAGAAGACGAGUUUGAUUGUUGCGAUUUAGACGAUGAUAUUGAUCCUGCUUUGAAAGAAGAAAUUGAUAGGGAAGUGGAAGACUUUGCCAGACGAUUAAACCCAGAUUGGCCUGACAGAAUCCAAGAUAUUCUGUUUCUGAGUCAGGGAAGACCGCUGCAGUUGCCUAAUGGAAAUUGUUCAAUGAGGGUGUUCACGAGCUGAGGGGUCCUCUGCAGAGUCAAUCACCGCCCUUGCUAAAAUUGAUACAGUCAAGCGUAGGAUGGAAGCUGCAUACGAGACAUUGCAGGUCUAAUUAUGAUUUAAAUUCCUUGUUUGAGACUCGCUCAGCUGUCGGUUGGAAAUUGUUUCUGUUGUUGAACAGGAUGCUGCUGGACUAACACAAUUAAGCUCAACUGUGGAGGAUGUAUUUUCCAGUGGCGAUCUCCCACGUGCUGCAGAAACGUUGGCUAACAUGAGACACUGUCUUGCUGCUGUUGGGGAGGUUGCCGAAUUUGCUAAUAUAAGGAAGCAGCUUGAAGUUUUAGAAGAUAGACUGGACACAAUGGUUCAGCCUCGUCUCACAGAUGCAUUGAACUACAAAAAGCUAAUGUCGCUCAAGAAAUGCGGGGAAUCCUCAUUAGAAUUGGGAGAUUUAAGUCUUUAGAAAAUUAAUACACAGAAGUCCACCUCAGACCCAUAAAGAAGCUAUGGGAAGAUUUUGACUCAAAGCAACAAUCCAGUAAACUUGCAAGUGAGAAGAAUGAAGUGGAACAGUUCUCACGAAGUGUGGAUUCAAAUGGGCCAACACUAUCUUUUGCACGAUGGUUACCAAGUUUCUAUGACGAGUUGCUACUUUAUCUUGAGCAAGAGUGGAAGUGGUGCAUUCUUGCUUUCCCUGAAGAUUACAAAACUCGUGUUCCUAAAUUGUUGACCGAGAUAAUGGCAUCCAUCUCUACAAGUUUUGUAUCUCGUGUUAAUCUAGAUACUGGAGAUGUUGUCCCUGAGACUAAAGCACUGGCAAAAGGUGUGUUAGACAUCUUAUCUGGUGAUUUACCCAAAUGUGCCAAAAUUCAUACAAAACACUUAGAAGCUCUGAUAGAACUACACAAUUUAACUGGGAGUUUUGCCAGGAAUAUUCAACAUGGAUUUUCAGAUUCAAAUCAGCAUGUGUUGUUGGAGACAUGUGUUGUUGGAGACACUGAAGGCGGUCUACUUGCCAUAUGAGACCUUCAAACAAAGGUAUGGGAAAAUGGAGCGAGGUGUGCUGCUGGGGGCAUUGCUGACCUUGAUCUUAGGGGAGUUAGUACUCGCAUUAUUGGUGUCCAGGGAGUUGAACUCAGUGAAACAGUGAGAAGGAUGGAAGAGUCCAUCCCACAAGUCAUUCUACUUCUUGAAGCUGCCACCGAAAGAUGUAUUAAUUUUACUGGUGGUUCUGAGUUAGAUGAACUAAUCCUAGCCCUAGACGAUGUAACAUUACAAUAUAUCACCAUCCUUCAGGGUAACUUGAAAGCACUAAGAGCAGUGUGUGGGGUGGAUGUAGCUGUAUAUAAUGUUGUAGGAAAGAAGGAAACUGGAUCUGAUAGGAAAGAUGCAGCAUGUAAAGUUGAUUUUAGUUCCAAUGAGGAGGAAUAGUCUUUUGUUCAGGGUGCUUUGCAGAUUCUUACUGUUGCAGAUUGCCUGACAAGCCGAAUUUCAGUUUUUGAAUCUUCCUUGAAGUCCACGCUUACUCGACUGAGCACUAAUCUGUCUUUCUCCGUGUAUGGUUCAAAUCUUGACCAGAACCAAUCACAUUUGGAUGACAAUGAUGGAACUGGGGGCUCUUCACCAGCAGGAAAAGCUUCCUUGGAUGUUGCAGCUCUCUGGCUUGUUGAUGUCCCCGAAAAGGCUCGGAAACUAUUUAGCCUCUUAGAGCAGUCGAAAGAUCCCCAAUUCCAUGCUCUUCCACUGGCUUCUCAAAGAGUAGCAGCCUUUUCAGAGGCAGUUAACGAGCUAGUAUACGAUGUACUCAUACUAAAAGUGAGACAACACUUCAAUGGUUUGUCUCACCAACCUACAUGGUCUUCUGUUGAAGAGACAAGCGCUUACCCUGUCCCAAGCUUUAGCGCCUAUCCUCAGUCGUACGUGAACAACGUGGGUGAAUACCUUCUUACUCUACCCCAACAGCUAGAGCCCCUUGCCGAGGGAAUUUCCAACAGUGACUCCAAUGCUGAGGAGGCGCAGUUUUUCGCAACUGAAUGGAUGUUCAAGGUAACUAAGCUCACUUAUUUACUUUAUACUCCAAUAUUGUACCGGAUCAUCUCACACUCAUCGAGUGAUGUGAAGGCGUAGGUUGGUGAGGGAGCUAGUGCUCUUUAUAUAUAGAGAUUGUAAAAAAGCCAAUAUUGGAAUAGCUCCGUCGAAAAUAAGCUUCUUUUUAAAAAAUUUUGUUCAGAGAAAGAAAUUGAUAUAUUUACUAUAUUUAGAAUUCAAUAUAUUAAUAUGGUGAACUGUUAGUCCGUUA